AUGAGCUCCCGACGCGAUCGAGAACGACGGGUGCCAGUCAGCGUGCUGACCGGCUUCCUGGGAUCAGGGAAGACCACGUUGCUCAACCAUAUCCUCAAGUCACCCGACCAUGGUAUGAAGUUUGCUAUCAUUGAGAAUGAGUUUGGCGAAGUUGGGGUCGAUGAGAAGGUACUCUUGGAGUCCGCGGAGGAAGAGAUGAUUGAAGUGAUGAAUGGCUGCAUUUGCUGCACUGUGCGUGGAGAUUUGGUGGUGGCUCUCAAGAGGUUGUACAAGAAGAUCGACAAGUUUGAUGGUGUCAUCAUUGAGACCACCGGCCUGGCCGACCCUGCACCAGUGGCACAGACCUUUUUUGUGGACGAUGAGAUCCAACGCAUGUACAAGCUUGAUGGAAUUUGCACCGUGGUGGAUGCCAAGCACAUCAUUCAGCACUUGGAAGAAGAGAAGCCCGAAGGUGUCGAGAACGAGGCAGUCGAGCAAGUGGCCUUUGCCGAUCGUAUCUUGUUGAACAAGACCGAUCUGGUGGAACCAGAAGAGCUGGAUGGGAUUGAGGCGAAGAUUAAGGCCAUCAACAGUGAGGCGCCCAUCUUCCGUUGCCAGAACAGUGCUGUGGACCCGAAGAGCCUUCUGAAUUUGGAUGCUUUUAGCCUUGACCGCGUUUUGAAGAUGGACCCCGAAUUUCUGGACACCGAUGGUGAGCACCAGCAUGACCUUACGGUCUCGUCUUGCAGCUGUAAGUUCGAAGGAGAAUUGAAUGUGAACAUGUUGCAAAGCUGGAUCAGUGACAUCAUUCAGAAUAAGGGGACGGACCUCUUCCGCUACAAAGGAGUACUGGCGGUGAAGGGCAUGGACCAAAAGUUUGUCUUCCAGGGAGUGCACAUGUUGUUUUCUGGAGGUUUCAGCGACAAUUGUUGGGCAAAGGAUGAACCUCGUGAGAACCGCUUUGUCUUCAUCGGGCGGAAUCUUGAAAAGGAGGAGCUCUUGGGCCAAGUCAAGGCCUGCAAGGUGGAGGGUGAGCUCCGUUUCAAGGUGGGUGAUGAAGUGGAGGCCAUUGUGGGGAAGGGCCAAUGGCAGCGAGGCAAGAUCUUGCGCUUGUGGGAUGAAGGCAACCCAUAUCGCAUUGAGCUGGCGGACAAGCAGAAGACCAACGUCUGGGGUCCAAUGGAUGAUGAUCGAUUUGUCCGAAAACCCAAGACGGUCCUGGGUGACUUGGAGAAGCGUUUGGGGAAGGAGGAAGUCGCGAAAGCUUGGACUUCGCAGAUGCUUUUGAAGUACGUGGAGAAUUGUGCCUACGAUGCGAAAAAGCCUUUGCAGAGCACUGUAGUAGCACAGUUCAUCGCCGCGGGCGCGGACGUUUGCAGCAAGAGGAACAGCGCAUCUGUGCUACUUUUGAUGAUUCUCAAUCCAUACUCAAGUUUUUUAGAGAUGACCAAAAUCUGCCGGAUGGUCAUAGAGAAGGACCCGCAGAGCGUGUGCCAGCGGGAUGGAUUUAAGAUGACACCUUUUAACUGGGCCUCGGACUACGAGAAUGUCUCCCUGCAACACGGGGUGAGCCCGCCCAACCCCGCUGUGCUCCUGGCGCUGGUGCCCAGCAUUUUCGAGCUUUGCCCAGACCUCGCGGAGGGAUCUGGCGCUUGUUGCUUGAAGACCACGAAAACCGGCCAAGCUGCAGGAGCAGUGAUGUCAGGCGUGAGCCUACGGUUCUUAGAAGGCGAUCGCGUGCUUUGUCGAGUGGAAGCGCCAGGGAACCAAACAACCUGGGAAGAAGGCGUGGUGGUGGGCCUUUGGUACAGAGAGAAGGGCUGGCCGCCUGAGUUUCCUGGGGCUCCCUAUGAGGUGAAGUUGGACAUCGGCUCACAUGUCUACGCCUUAGUCGACCAUGAUGGCUUGAUCCAACGCGAGGCGAGGCAGACGGUGAAGGCCACGCUGCCAAAGUCCACCGGGCGCUUCCAGAAGCAGCGGCGCGAUGAUGGGAGCUGGGAACUUCUUGACACGAAGUCAGGUAAGGCGCGCGCCUGUUCCCCGCCCGACUCCGAUGAGGAGGGGAGACGUUUUCGGAGGAAGGGCGCCGGCGCGGGGUAG